AGAAAGCUCUACCCGGCGGGUUAGGAGUUGGUAUAGGGUAAACCCGCACCCGACCCUACCCAUUGCCAUCCCUACGUGCAAGCCUAACUUCCUACGGAGCAAGUUCCCACCGUCCAUUCCUCCCGCAGUCCAAGCCCAGAACGUCGUCAGAAAAUGCGCCAGUUUAGUUCUUCGAAAACAUUCCUCGCCGCCGCCGGCCGUCGCUCCCACUCCAGCGCCGUGAACUCCGCCGGUCUUGUCACUUCCCUCCUCAAAUCUCGGUCGGUAGUCCGCUUCUCCGGCCCCGACACCCUCAAAUUCCUCCAAGGACUGCUCACCAACGAUGUCCGGAGAUUUGGCGAGCCACUGCACGAGCGGACCGCGACAAUCCCCACUCCGAAUAUGCCCGCCGUCUCCGAGCCGCCGAUGUACGCCGCCCUGCUGACUCCCCAGGGCAGGUUUCUGUACGAUUUCUUUCUCUAUAGGCCCGCGAAGGAGGCCGAGAAGCUUGACCCGACGGGUUCGGGUCCCGGUCCGGGCUCCACUGAUUCGACCGAAUUGUUCGCCGAUGUGGAUGCUUCCGCUCUGGAUGAGCUCUUGGGAACCUUAAAAAGGUACCGGCUAAGGUCUAAGGUUGAGAUUGAGAAUGUAGGGGAAGACUUUCAAUGCUGGCAGCGAUUUGGGGGAGAUAUCAGCGAGAAAUCUAGUGAAGUAGAAGAGCCAGGGGCAGCAGGUCUUGGAUGGGGAUCUGGUGUUGAUCUUGCUGGUAUAUCAGCUUCACAUGGCAGUGAUGGUGGAUGCCAAUGGUUCAAGGAUCCUAGACUGGAUUGCCUUGGUUUGAGAGGGAUCUUCCCAACUAAUACAACCCCACCCUUAGUUGAAGCUGAUAAGGAAACAAAUGAGGAAAACUACUUAGAAUGGAGAAUCGAGAAUGGAGUUGCAGAAGGCUCAUCCGAGAUACCAAAAGGCGAGGCCAUUCCGCUUGAAUUCAACCUCGUGGGAUUAAAUGCAAUAAGCUUUGAUAAAGGUUGCUAUGUGGGUCAGGAACUUGUGGCCAGGACACACCACAGAGGGGUCAUUCGUAAACGCUUGGUUCCUUUGAAGUUUGUUAACAACGAUGGAAAAGGUUUGAACUUCACGUUCAAUAAGUGAUUUGCUUCUCUGGCUACAACUGAAUAUCUCCUCUCUUUUUUUUAAGUGUUACUACUUCCUUUGUUUUCUCCCCAGAGGUGGAACAGCGAGUUUCUCCCGGUUCUCAAGUGAUCAAUGCCAGUUCAGGCAAGAAAAUAGGAUCUGUGACGACAACAAUUGGCUGCCGAGGGCUCGGACUUUUGAGAUUGGAUGAUGCACUCAAAGGAUCAGGUCCUUUGGCCGUAGAGGGUCAGAACAAUGUAAAGGUCGAAGCUUUUAGACCGAAAUGGUGGCCUCGUGAAUGGGUUCCGGAGCAUCAAGAACAGAGUGCAGUAGCUUAGAAUGCUAACAUUGUAAGAUGUAGACUAGUAAAUUCCUCUGGCUCUCAUGUUUUACGAACUCACUCAGACUCUUUAUACUGCUCUGCCACUUUACUGGCGGAUCCCGAAACUUGUUUUGCAUUCCUCUGUUCACAUGGAAAUAAAGUUGUCCCCAUAGCUUAGCCAAGAAUUGUUGUACUUCAACUCUCUUCUUAUCGUUUUCUUUCUCCAAAAAGCGUGGAAGGUACAGAUCAAUGGAAU